AUGUCAACAUGUGGCACAAGCAAGCCGGCGCUGUCUUUCAACGUACUUGCAAAAUGUGAAAAGUCAAAGGCACGGACAAGUAUAAUGAGUUUACCACACUAUGACGUUGAAACACCAGUCUUUAUGCCGGUCGGAACGCAGGGCACACUGAAAGGAUUGCUGCCAGAUCAACUGGAAAAGCUUGAUUGCCAGAUUAUCCUUGGAAAUACUUACCAUCUUGGUACAAGACCGGGUCCAGAUGUUAUUAAAAAAGCAGGAGGCCUGCAUAAAUUUAUGGGCUGGAAGAGGGCCUUGUUGACAGAUUCUGGUGGAUUCCAGAUGGUCUCACUGUUGAAACUCGCUGAAAUCACUGAAGAAGGCGUAAAAUUCAGGUCUCCAUACAAUGACUCAGAAGUUAUGCUCUCACCAGAGAAUUCCAUUCACAUACAAAAUGCAAUUGGAGCUGAUAUCAUUAUGCAGUUGGAUGACGUUGUGAAGACAACAACAACUGGACCUCGUGUAGAAGAAGCUAUGCAUCGGACUACAAGAUGGCUUGAUAGAUGUCUGAAAGCUCAUAAGAAUCCAGAUAGCCAAAAUAUAUUUCCUAUUGUACAGGGUGGUUUAGAUCCUGAUCUGCGCAGUGAAAGUGCUAAGCAGCUCAUCCAACGUGAUGUUCGUGGAUUUGCAGUUGGAGGUUUAAGUGGAGGUGAAAGCAAGGAUGAAUUUUGGAAUAUGGUUCAUUUGUCAACAAACAUAUUACCUGAAGAUAAGCCUCGGUAUUUGAUGGGUGUUGGAUUUGCUGCAGAUCUUGUAAUUUGCUGUGCGCUUGGCAUAGAUAUGUUUGAUUGUGUGUUUCCGACAAGAACUGCAAGAUUUGGAUGUGCUCUUGUGAACACUGGGCAGCUGAACUUGAAACAGAAGAACUACAAAACUGAUUACAGACCUAUAGAUGAAAACUGCAACUGUUCAACAUGUCAACGAUAUUCUAGAGCAUACCUUCAUUCCAUUGUUACUGUUGAAACAGUUGCUUGCCACCUCCUUACAGUGCAUAAUAUUUGCUUUCAAAUGCAAUUAAUGAAGUCAAUUAGAGAAAGUAUAAAAGAAAAGAAAUUCCCAUUGUUUGUGAAGAACUUCUUCAAGACGCUGUAUUCGUCUGGGACUUACCCAAAAUGGAUAAUAGAUGCUCUUUCAGCUGUUAACAUAGAGCUUGACUGAAGUGUGCUGAUUU